GCAGCGAAACAUGGCCAUUAAGAGUAGAAGACACUCGUAAGCUACUAGUAUUUGACCACAGAUGCCUUAGAAAUAUUGCUGGUGUCUGCUGGGAUCACCGGGUAAUUAAUAGUGAGGUUAGACGCAGGGUAUUAGGAAAUGAUGGCAAAUCAGUUGAUGAGGUUAUGAACCUUCAUCGACUGAGAUGGUUGGGCCACAUGUUACGUAUGCGUGAAUACCGAUUACCACGACGUGCAAUGCUAUCCGGUAUUGGAGAUGGUUGGAAGAAAGUUAGGGGCGGUCAAACCAAAACGUGGCAUCAGUGCUUGAAGUCACUAACUUCUAGUCUGAGCCAUGUUGGUAGAUGCAGACUACUUGGUUGGGGUCCGCGUGACUAUCAUAACCAAUGGUUGGAGACACUGGGUGACAUGGUUCAGAAUCGAUCACAAUGGCGUAGGUGUAUACACUCCCUGUCUUCCUUUAAAUAAAGAGAUUAAAAUCGCUUCACACCUUUCUUUCUACGAACCAAUUUUUUCUUCUUGUACUAUAUCUCUAUAUGCAAUCUUUCUCUUAUAUAUUACCACCUUUGACAUAACCACUGCUAUGAAUCCGGUGUUCAUCUUGUUGUGCUGAUGCGGUAUGGCAACCUGGACCGAUGCACAUAUGUGCCUGGUCCUACGUUGUAGCUGACUGACUGUGUACUGAUAUCUAGAAUUUGAACCAUAGGUUUUCCAACACUAUCCUCUCUUACGAAGGCAGUGAAGUAGGAUUUCCCUGUCAGUGGUUGUAUAUGUGUGGCCAUGUGGGAGCAUUUCGAGAGAGCUGACUCUCCCCCCCUCGACCGUACCAGAGCAUUUAUGGGUAUUUACAACAUGUUUCGCACAUUGACUAGAGGAUCUGUUAGGAAUGACUUCAUGAUAAGGGUAAACAACCGUUGAAAUGAAAUCAUCCGAAUUGUAAUCAAGUUCGAUCUCAUUUAGGACUCGUACUUCACAUCGAACAAGUUCUCCACAGGAAACAAAUGCAUCAUGAAGACAAAUAACAUUUGGUAUGGCACAUAGAUAUUGGUUCAAGGGAGCACCAGACACAUAUGCGCCACACAAAUCUCAUUUGAUUUGUGUGAGGGCUGUAAUAUUGCCCGGGUGCCCAAACCGAAGCAGGUGGUUUUCUUAGGUGGCCACACCCGGAGCCUUCGACCUAAAGGUCUGAUCCACAAGACAGUAGAGCAUCGUAAGAAGAUGAAGUCCCAUGGUAGCCGGUGUCCAACGAUUGGUUCAUACACCAUUUGUUCCCUCAGGAUACUGGGUUCGAGCCCCAGAGAACACCAACUCUGAGACACAGGUACAUCUAGCUAAUGAGUCCCAAAUGGGACGAAACGCUCGUCCUGGAUUCCACUGCUGGCCACUAUCCAUCUUUGCUUUUAAUCAGGAUAUUUUUUAGAUAUAACUAGACUUUAAAUUUUCCAUAGAAGUGGUCUUUCUAUUAAAUCAUUAGACUAAAAUACUUAGAUUCUGUGCUCUGAGAAACUAAUCACUUUGUAAAAAAAGCGAUCAUUAAAUUGUUACAAAAGACUGCUUGUGUGAUUUGGCUUCACAUUGAAAAAAUUUAUUCCUCUGCAAGGUCAACGUUAUUAAAUUUUUUGUGUGCUAACCACAAUGAAAUCUCAUCAUACAUGUUGUUUUGUAAACAUUUUCAAGAGGUCAUGUUAUAGAUCAGACCAUGAACUGUUUUGCUUUGUGAUGCUUACCAAUCGAAAUUAAGACUAGGUAGGGGUGUUGAAUUUUGUAUGUUAAUCGAUCGGGUCUGUCUGCCCUUAAAACUUGAGUGAUUGUCAAUGAUGACCAAUCGGGGAGCUUUGUUUUUCCAUAUUAUUCAGUUAAAUACAUGAACUAAGGCCUACAUUACAGUUGAACGAGAGAAACUUUUGGUCUGGUUGCUUUCAAUCAUGGUGAGUCAUUUAGUAGUAUCAUGUAUUAAUUGAGUGGAUAUAUUACAUAAAACGUUUUUGUGUUCAAUUUAAUUAUGGUAAGCAGCGUGGUGAUCUCCAUAACUAAAUUAGAUUUUAUUUUACCACAUCAGUAUACACGAGACCCAGUUUAGUUGUCUCACUUGAAAUUCCGUGACAUAUUUAAGCUACAUUACGGUUGUUGGAGCAUGGAGUUUGGUUUCUUGACAUCGAAUAUAAAAUUGAGUUAUGCAACUAACGUUUUAUCCGAAUCUUAGUAACUAGGCCUUCAUUACCGACUACAUAGACCACGUCACAAAAGAUCAAUUACUUACAGUUUACAAUGUUUUAUAUCAAGAUAAGUAGUUUCUUGCAUACGUUUAUUUUAUAAGGUGAUUAUCUCUAUACUUAUAUAUUCCUCUCUUAGCGCGAAUGUAUCAGUCUACAUGUUGGUCAAGCUGGAACUCAGAUGGGCGAUUCCUGUUGGGAGCUCUAUUGUCUCGAACAUGGAAUACAACCUGAUGGCAAGGUCCCUAGUGACUCAACUAUUAAAAACGAUAACGAUUCUUUCAGUACGUUCUUCAGCGAGACUAGCUACGGUCGUUACGUCCCACGUGCUGUUUUCGUAGACUUGGAACCUUCAGUUAUUGACAGACUGCGGACUGGCUCUUAUAAGCAGUUGUUCCAUCCAGAACAAAUGAUAAGCGGGAAGGAAGAUGCUGCUAAUAAUUAUGCCCGUGGUCACUACACAGUUGGUAAAGAGUUGGUUGAUGAGGUUCUAGAUCGUAUUCGGAAACUAUCUGAAAGGUGCACAGGACUCCAAGGUUUCUUAGUGUUCCAUUCAUUUGGUGGAGGGACGGGAUCUGGUUUUACAUCUUUAUUAAUGGAGCGUCUUUCCGUCGAUUUCGGUAAAAAAGCUAAGUUGGAGUUUGCUGUAUAUCCAGCCCCUCAUAUCUCAACAGCUGUUGUUGAACCAUACAACUCUAUUCUUACUACACAUACAACGUUAGAACACUCAGAUUGUGCCUUUAUGGUUGAUAAUGAAGCUAUUUAUGAGAUAUGUCGACGAAAUUUAACCAUUGAUCGACCAACAUACAGCAAUCUUAACCGAUUAAUUGGACAAAUUGUUAGCUCCAUUACUGCUUCUCUUCGAUUUAGUGGUGCUUUGAACGUGGAUUUAAACGAGUUUCAAACCAAUUUGGUUCCUUAUCCCCGUAUCCAUUUCCCAUUAACAACAUAUGCACCCAUUAUAUCAGCAGAAAAGGCAUUCCAUGAACAACUGAGUGUUUCCGAAAUUACCAAUUCAUGUUUUGAACCUGCUAAUCAAAUGGUCAAGUGUGACCCAAGAAAUGGAAAAUACAUGGCUUGUUGCUUGUUAUACCGAGGCGACGUUGUUCCGAAAGACGUAAACGCAGCAAUCGCAAAUAUCAAAACUAGAAGAUCAAUUCAGUUUGUUGAUUGGUGUCCCACCGGUUUUAAAGUUGGAAUUAACUAUCAACCACCCACUGUUGUUCCUGGAGGAGAUUUGGCCAAGGUACAGCGCGCAGUUUGCAUGCUUAGCAAUACUACUGCGAUUUCAGAGGCAUGGGCUCGUUUAAACCGCAAGUUUGAUCUCAUGUACGCGAAACGCGCAUUUGUUCAUUGGUAUGUUGGUGAAGGUAUGGAGGAAGGAGAGUUUUCAGAAGCUCGCGAAGACCUGGCUGCUCUAGAAAGAGAUUACGAAGAAGUUGCUGCAGAUACUGUAGAUGCGCACUCUGAUGAUGGCGGAUUUUAAUGUAACUUGACUACUACUUGAAAUAUAUUUUUUUACAUCCCAGU